CACUCUCUCCUAAAACAAAUUUGUUCCGGAGCCGACAGGGAUGGCAGGGUCGCUUCGGGUUCUUAGGAAACUAUGCAGUAUUUUUUUUAAUGUAUUAUUUCUUACAUUGUUACCCCUUGUAAAUCUUAAGUUUUAUUACAUACAGCUGGGAGGAACUAUUGGAUAUAAGAGCAACGUCAACUUUCCAACAUUACGACCAGGAAUACGACUUUCCCGAAGCGGAUCCUCUGUUUGGUCCACCGCCCAGGACAACGGAUCGGAUCCCAGCAGGGGACCCAAAACAACGGUGCAGCAGACGGGGCGGUCUUCUGGUCAGGCUCCGUAGACGUGCACAUCGCGCACCGCUCCCGAGUAUACUACUCGCCAAUGUUCAGUCUCUUGACAACAAGGUAGACGAAAUCCGAGCAAGGGUUGCCUUCCAGAGAGACAUCAGAGAUUGUAAAAUUCUCUGUUUCUCGGAAACAUAGCUCACUCGGGAUACGUUAUCAGAGUCGGUACAGCCACCUGGUUUCUUCAUGCAUCGCGCCGACAGAAACAAACAUCUCUCUGAGACCAAAUUGCUCUGGUUGGGAACAAUAGACCUGGGAAGACCUUGACAGCAUUCCAAAACCCUAACAUGGCUGAACAAAAUAAAGAGGUCCGGAUUGUUCUGGUUGGUAAGACUGGAGCUGGGAAGAGCGCAACAGGAAACACCAUCCUGGGGACAAAAGCAUUUAAAUCAAAAAUGUCCCCUGUUUCUCUGACAUCAGAAUGUAGUAAGAAAAGAGGAGAGGUGGGUGGGCAAAGUGUAGCUGUUAUCGACACACCUGGCUUGUUUGACACUAAGUUGACACAGGAGGAGGCACUGAAAGAGAUCUCACAGUGCCUGCUUUUCUCCGCUCCUGGUCCCCAUGUGUUCCUGGUUGUGAUCAAGCUGGGAAGAUUCACUGAAGAGGAACAGAAAACUGUGGAGAUGAUUAAGACAUUAUUUGGGGAUGAAGCAUCCAAAUACACCAUGGUUCUCUUCACACAUGGAGAGAGUCUUGAUGAUGAUGAUGAUGACGACGUUGUAACAAUUGAAGAUUAUUUGCUUGAAAAUCCACAUCUUCAGUGUUUGAUUGCCAAAUGUAAUGGAGAGUAUCAGGUCUUCAACAACAAAGAUAAGAAUCGCUCCCAGGUCACUGAGCUGCUUGAGAAGAUAAACAAUAUGGUGAAGAUGAAUGGAGGGAGCCACUACACCACUGAGAUGUUCCAGGAGGCUGAGAGAGCGAUUGAAGAGGAGAAGAACAGGAUCCUGAAAGAGAAUGAAGAGAAGAUACGCAGAGAGGAGGAGAAACUGAAGAUGGAAAAAAUGAAACUAAAGGCUCUGGAGAAAGCGCUUAAAGAGGAGAAUGAGAGGAUCCUGAGAGAGAACAAAGAGCAUGAACUCAGAUAUGAGGAGAAACUGAGGGAAAUGAAAAUUGAAGCUCGGGAGGAAGCAAUCAAAGAGGAGAAAAAGAGGGUCCUGAAAGAGUACGAAGAGCAAAGACUCCGAGAGGAGAAACUGAUAGUGGUAUCAUCCGGAAUGUUUGCUGUGGGGGAAGAAAUAAAGGCGCUACCAGAAAAACAUGAAAGAGAGGCUAGAGAUGAAGCUGAACAAUCUUCCAUUUUUAAAUAUUUGGAUUUCAGUGGAAUGUUGGCCCCCGUCUUGCUUAAGUUGGUCAGCUACAUCGGAAGCAAAUGUACUAUACAAUGAAAAUGUGAAACAGCGCUGUUCCAACUAACAUUGUUCUACUCUACUGAUUAACUUGCUUAGAUAUUCAACAAAGUAACUAGCUAUUGAUAUCAGUAAAUCUUCUGACUUUUUUUUCUUAGUGUCUCUUCAUCUUGCCUGUUCCAGUUAGAUAUUGUAAUAUGGGGUGUCUUCAGAAAUUACCUUUAGAUUAGGCCUAUAUCAUGUCAUGUGACAUACAUCUUCUAAAUGCAGGCAGUUGUGGCAAUUACAUUGACUUCUACCUGGAUUCGGUCCUAUGUAGCAACAUUUGAAUUUUUUUAUUUUUAAUUUUUUAAAUUGGAUAAAAGUAGAGACUCCGAGUUAGAAAAUGGUAUUUCAUACACUGCAUUUGAGAAACAAUACGAAAAUUAUUCUGCUUUGAAAGCUGAUAAACUUCUAACCCCAUUUUUGAGAAAAUGGCCCGUGAAUGUUUUGGCACACCAACUGGAGAACUCUUCUUUGUCGACACCCAGCCAGCAUCGUUUACACCCUCUUAUGCCUUAGCCCUACCCAUCUCUUUAAGGAUUCCCGUGAGGCCAUGUGCUAAACAGAGUGAGUAGUUUAUUAAACAACCAAAGAUUUCAAGACUGAAAGUGGUGAAAGUAGUAGCCUACAACAUGGAAAAACUCCAGGUAAAAAUAAAUGUUAUCCAGGCCGUGGCUUAUAUCCAAAUCUGACUUUGGUGCAGGUCAUGUUGUUCUUCACAUUACCAUCUCUGGUAAACACACACUAUAUCAAAUAAAAUCUACAUGUAUUUGUCACAUGCACAGGAUACAAAAGGUGUAAACAGUUCAGUGAAAUUGAUACUUGCAGAGUGGAGUAUUUUGUUUAGACAUGCAGCUAGCUAAACAAUUAAUCAUAAUCCCAACUCAAAAAUGCCAUGAAUCUGUAGCUAAAGAUAACCAACUAGGUUCAAUGUUAUGUAGCUAGAUAACAUUAGGCUAUAACUAGCAAUGCAGAGGUUUUCUGAGAUAUUAAUAAUAUUGCUACACAGAUCAUACACGUAACGUUAGCUAGCGAACCAGACAGCUAACGUCAGCUAGCUAACAGUACACAUUAACUUGCAAUAAAGACAACUUUCUGACAAAAUUUGAAAUUUAUAAUAUCUGAAAAUUUAGCUAGACUCUUACCCUUAUACAUGGAUGAAUGCUUCUCCCUCUGCCAUGGUUGCCCUUAGUUUGAAGACCUAAUGCGGAGAUGGGUGUUUUAUACAACAACAUCCUGUGUCUUCUUCUGUGGGUUUUAUGGGAGACUACAUCCCAAAAAGCUGUGUUACCGCCACCAACUGAAGAGGGUUGAAAAAACCAAGGUAAAAAUAAAACCCAUGUGAUAGGGAAAACUAACUUUAUCCACCCAAAAUAAAACAAUAAAAAAACACAUUGACAACCAAAACCCCAAAACUCCCACUUCUUCCUUCAAAUCUCCAUAUCUCCAUUCUCAGGGUCUAUGACCUGAGAGGAUGGUAUGGCUUGUGACAAUACUCCUUGCAAUUCCUCCGCCAAGAAGUCUUUCAGUCCCAUAUCCACCUUGGCAGUGCCAUUAAUCACCAUAGCUAAAAAGACCACAUAGUCCACCUUCUUAAAACCUCUUGGAAAUAGGGGGCACCCUUUUCACUUUUGGAUAAAAUUGUGCCCAAAUUAAACGGCCUCGUACUCUGUCCAAGAUCAUAUGAUAUGCAUAUUAUUAUUACUAUUGGAUAGAAAACACUCUGAAGUUUCUAAAACUGUUUGAAUUAUAUCUGUGAGUAAAACAGAACUCAUUUGGCAGGCAAACUUCCAAGCAGGAAGUGAAAAUUCUGAAAUGGGUCUCUGUGAAAGGCAUCGCCUAUUCAAUUGCCUUGUAUUUAUGGAUCUGUAUGCACUUCAUAUGCCUUCCACUAGAUGUCAACAGGCAGUAGAACGUGGAAUGAAGUGUCUAGCCUUCUGUGGGACCGGAUGGGAGUCGUUGGAGUGAGAGGUUAGCCAUAUUGGCAGUAUUUGGCUACUUGGGCAUGUCAUAUCUUUGUCUGCAAUGCGUUAGGUAGACACGAAGAAAUGCUCCGUCUGGGACGUUAUUGGAUAUAUAUGAGAAAAACAUCCUAAAGAUGGAUUCUCAACUGAGUUUGACCAGUUUAUUCGACUUUUAUUAUCACUUUUUUAAUUUUUCGUUCAUGCGUCAAAUCUUCAUGGACACGUGAGCUACACAUGCUAGCCAAAGUUGCUAAUUCGACAGAAGAAAUGGACAUUCUAAAACAAAACAACGAUUUAUUGUGGAACUAGGAUUCCUGGCACUGCAUUCUGAUGAAAGUUCAUCAAAGGUAAGGGAAUAUUUAUGUUAUUUCGUAUUUUUGUUGACUCUGUUGACUCCAACAUGGCGGAUAAUGGCUGAGCGCUGUCUCAGAUUAUUGCAUGCUGUGCUUUUUACUAAAGUUAUUUUUUUAAAUCUAACACAGCGGUUCCAUUAAGAACCAGUGUAUCUUUAAUUAUAUGUACAACAUGUAUUUUUCAGCAAAGUUUAUGAUGAGUUUUUCUGUUAGAUUACGUGGCGGUCUAAAAUUUCUCCGGACAUUUUGGUGCCAUUUGUGACCAUGGCGGCAAUGUAAAACCACGAUUUGUAGCUAUAAAUAUGCACAUUUUCGAUCAAAACAUAAAUGUAUUGUAUAACAUGAUGUCAUAAGACUGUCAUCUGAUGAAGUUGUUCAAAGGUUAGUGAUUAAUUUUAUCUCUAUUUGUGGGUUUUGUGAAAGCUAUGUUUGCGGUGAAAAAAUGGCGUUGUGUGUUGGGCUAUUGUGGUGAGCUAACAUAAAUAUAUGUUGUGUUUUCGCUGGAAAACAUUUUUAAAAAUCGGACAUGUUGGCUGGAUUCACAAGAUGUUUAUCUUUCAUUUGCUGUAUUGGACUUGUGAUUUCAUGAAAUUAUAUUAUAUCCCUGUGGCGCUAGGCUAGGCUAUGCUAGUCAGCGUUUCUGAUGAGAAUGAUCCCGGAUCCGGGAUGGGUAGUCAAGAACAUAUUUGGGUCCUGCUGUUGAACUGCAACCCCUGCAGCCUUCAGUGAAGGCCUAUCCAACACCAUGGACUCUUCAGCAGCACCAUUCGAACCCUCAACUCUUUUAACAGCCACUGCAUAUGACAUUCUCUGGACAGCCCUGACAUUUUCCGUCCCAUUCUCUCUCACCCUUGUUGGGCAUUCCAAAGACGUGGCUUCAUGGUUCCCACCACAAUUGUAACAUGUCACAUUUUUAUCACAUUUAAAACACAUGAUAUGAUCUUUUCCACAACUUGAACAUCUCGGCUUCUCCCUUCUGAAAACACAUGACCAAAACCUUUAAAGUGAUCACAUUGCAUUGGAACAAUUAACAAUCGAUAAUCAUUAACAAACCAAACCAUACUCAUUAUCCUACAAGAUAAGAAGGGAUAUUCUCACCACGGUAUGCUACUUUGCUCUGUUAUUCCUUUGGACAAUAUUGCUUGAUUCAACCGCCAUUAUAUUCACGCUCCACAUCAAUGUCCACUUCCGCCAUCUGUUAGCUAACUGUGUUCUCUUUUCGACUCUCUCCGCAUUUGGAAAUCAUCUCUCUGCUUCCACAGGGCAUUCCACUGAUUUCAAAACUCUGUCAACUUCUUCCGUGACAAAAAUACUAUUAAUUGCCGUUUCUUCUGAUGACAGUGAUGGGGGAAGACUCUACAGUGUCUGGGGAAAUUCAAAUGUUUUUAUCUAAAUCCGGUAUAUCCUCAUUGUCUGAUUCUGAGAGGCAACAUUGCAACAUUGCACGAUGGUCCUCCAGAAAGUAGUCCAUCACGACUUUUCCCACUGAUCUUUGUUGAUAGCGCUAUUACCUUCAGGGCAGCAAUGCAACCCUUUUUCAGUUCUUCAUGAUAUCUUUCAAAAAAUGCUGUGGUAGAAAGGAUUAUCCACAAAUACUGAACAGCUCAUGUUAUAAACAGAAGCCUGCUACAUGGCAGACCAAUCCGAACUCAUCUCUCAGCAGGUUGAAGUGACUAAUCUGCUUGGAGUAACCCUGGAUUGCAAACUGUCAUGGUCAAAACAUAUUGAUACAACAGUAGCUAAGAUGGGGAGAAAUUUGUCCAUAAUAAAGCACUGCUCUGCCUUCUUAACACCACUAUCAACAAGGCAGGUCCUGCAGGCCCUAGUUUUGUCGCACCUGAUCAGUUGUGUGGUCAGCUGCCACAAAGAGGGACUUAGGAAAUUUACAAUUGGCUCAAAACACGGCAGCACGGCUGGCCCUUAAUUAAAAGUACACGAGGAGCUAUCAUUAAUGAUAUGCAUGUCAAUCUCUCAUGGCUCAAAGUGGAAGAGAGGUCUCUUCACAAUCCCCAAGUCCUGAACAAACUAUGGGAGGCGCACAAUACUACAUAGAGCCAAGACUACAUGGAACUUUAUUCCACAUCAGGUAACUGAAGUGUUAGAAUCAGAUUUAAAAAAAACAGGUAAAAAUACACCUUAUGGAACAGUGGGGACUGUUAAGAGACACACACACAGGUACAGACACAUGCAUGUGCUCAAAAACGCUAGCACACACACUCUACACACACGUAUAUUGUAUUAUUGUUGUAUGGUGGUAUUGUACAUUUUGAAUUGUAGAUAUGUAGUGGUGCAAUAAUGUUAUUGGAUGUACUGUUUUAUCUUUUGUUUUAUAUGUAAUGUAAAUGACUUAAUGUGUUUGGACCACAGGAAGAGUAGCUGCUGCCUUUGCAACAGCUAAUGGGGAUCCCUAAUAAAUACAAUGUCACGCCCUGACCGUAGAGAGCUUUUUAUGUCCCUAUUUUAGUUUGGUCAGGGUGUGAUUUGGGUGGGUAUUCUAUGUUCAUUUUCUAUGUGUUGUAUUCCUUUGUGUUUGGCCGGGUGUGGUUCUCAAUCAGAGGCAGCUGUCUAUUGUUGUCUCUGAUUGAGAACCAUGCUUAGGUAACUUUUCCCCAUCGAUAAGUUGUGGGUAGUUAUUUUCUGUUUUGUGUUUUCUGCACCUGACAGGACUGUUUCGGUUUCGUUUUGCACUUUGUUAUUUUGUUCUAGUGUUCAGUUUAAAUAAAAGUCACGAACACUUA